AUGGCGUUGUGCUUCAUCUUUCAUCUGCACACUGGUUUGCGGGCUGGCGGUGGUAUAGGCGACGAGAUUGAAGCGCCUGAUGGCGAUGCCAAGGAGGCCUAUCGAAUAUUAUUUGAUAUGACCUUUUUCUUCUUUGUCAUCGUCAUUCUACUCGCCAUUAUUCAAGGUAAGUGGCGAUAUUUCUCUGUCCUCAUUAUUGCUUUGUUUAUCUUUGUUCCUUUUUAUUUUUAUUCGUUUUAUUACAUAUUACUGUUAUAUAUUUGUUAUCCCGUCGUCAAAUGGUUCAAAUGGCCAUUCCCACCCAAUCUUCAUCUCUCCACCGCUUUGGCAAGAUGUGAGAAAUAG